AUGCCUCCACGAAAACGCGGACGUGAAGAAGUCAACAAAAACGCCGAGAAGCCAGCCGCAAAGUCGAGCAAAGGUGCUAAAGGUAAGAGAACGCGACGUGGAAAUGGUGAACAGCAAGCCGAGACUGCCAAUGCUUCAAAUAGCAAUGACCGGCAGGAAGAAGUCCCGGAGGAGCAGAAAGACCCAUAUGAAUCUCCUGACCUAUUCAACUCGUAUGUAUACAACGACUUCGAGGGCUACGGCCAGUUGGAGUUACUCGAGAACUACCUCGUUUCAUAUUUCAACGAGUUCAAGAAGAAGGACAGGGAUCUGAAAGAGAUGUGGAUUUCGCUGGUCGCACUCGGACAUUGGUUGAAUAUGGCAGGCAUAGAACAAAUGCACAUGAUUGACGACGGUUACCAUUUAAACGACGUGAUUUCGCUCAUGGGAUGCGCCCUCCUGUCUAUGCUCAAUGCACUGGACCGUGCGGGUCAACUGGGAUCAAAUUCUGAGUACAAAGAUCUGGGGCUGGUAAUUGGUCUAUAUCAACCUAUUGCAUAUGGUCUUGACUGCGAUCACGAUGACGAGUGGACUCGGGAAAUCCUGAUGUAUGCAGUGGAAAAGGGCAUCGAUGUGAGCACUGUCUACGGCACGAACAGGAAGCUAGAGGAGGUAGAGUCGGAAACUCCUGACUGGCCGAAGGAGGGGCCAGAUCGUUGGGGUUUCACAAAAAGGUACAAUGCACAUAAAAAGAAAUAUGGGAAAAUGGGAGGUACACAUUCCGACAUCACUAAGUGGUCCCGAGCAGAACGAGCACGACAUGCCUUUGACCAUAAAGAUCCCUUAGCUGGUAUUCCCGAAGAACAUAUAAAGGCGGGCAACAUCGCAGUCUCGUAG